AUGGACAGUACAAAAAGUUGGGGAAAUCAUACAUGUUCGUUGUCAGAAGAAUCUCCCACUUCUUUCAAUGGAGAUGACGACUCCAAGAUUGACCUUUCCCAGAAGCUUGCUGAUGUGUGCUUUGAGUCAAAAGAAGACACCUUUGAGUCAAUUGCAGAGGUCAGCAAGUGUAAUGAUGGUUAUGUUCUGUCUCAGAGAAAGUUCACUAAAGAACUUUUGCAAGACUGUGAGUUAGACAUUUCUAAGCCUGCAAACACUCCUUUUCCCUCUCAUAUGAAGCUUUAUUCUGAUCAGGGAGACCUUUAUGAUAAUGCUACUCUUUACAGAUGUUAUGUUGGGAAAUUAAACUUUCUUACUAACACAAGACCUGAUUUAGAUUUUGCUGUUCAAACUCUAAGCCAGUUCAUGCACUCUCCCAUGAUUCCACAUGUUCUUGCUUUACAGCAUACUCUAAGAUAUGUUGCUAAUACUGUUGGUCAGGGAAUACUUCUUAGAGCUACUGAUCAGCUUACCCUGCAGGCUUUUUUUUGUGACUCUAAUUGGGAAACCUGUCCUUCCUCCAGAAAGUCUGUAACUGGUUAUGUCCUGCUCCUUUGUAAUUCUCUAAUCUCUUGGAAAUCCAAGAAGCAAAUUACAAAUUCAAAGAGCUCAGCUGAGGCUGAAUACAGAGCCAUGGCACAUGCUGCAAGUGAAGUUGCCUGGCUGGUUAGGAUUCUUGAAGAAUUGGGUCUGGGAAGUUUGAAGCCUGUUAAGCUGUUUUGUGACAGUCAAUCUGCUAUUCAUAUAGCUAAAUACUCAAUAUUCAAUGAAAGAACUAAACAUAUUGAAGUGGACUGCCAUUUCACAAGGGAUAAAGUCCUAGAGGACUUGAUUGAGCUCACAUACAUUCCUACUAUAGUUUGCAGCUUGGUGAUGUUUUCACUAAGCAACUCUCACUUUCUCAGCAGCAGGAUUUGCUAA